AUGGCGGGGCGACAGAGCCGGACAUACAAUCCAGACGAAGAUUGGUUCACGGACCCUCUGAAUCCAGAUAGUGAGACAAAUGCCAAAAGAAAGAGAUGGAAGAAAGGAUCGGUUUUGGAUGUUCUGGCAAAGAUGCGGCUGCCACAAGGGCCACAAUCUGUCAAGGAAUUAUUCAACUACCCUGAGCAACUAGUUCAGGCCGCGUUCUCGAAGCCUGAAUGGCAGGAUCGGUGUGUUGAUUUGCUCCGCUGGGGCGUUGUGGAGCACAGCGACUAUUCAGGGAUCUUUGCAGAAAGGGAAGCCAAGCGCUUGCUUUUCAUGGCUCUGGGCCAAUGCAAGGGAAUCCAUGUGCCGCACAUGGUGAGAAAGACAUGUGACAUAGAUCCAAGUUCACAACGCGUGCUACUUCACAUGUCUGAGGUACUUGAUGCUGGCGAAUCUUGUGUUUUCGCUGAUAUCAGGGCCCAGCUUCACCCUGAAGCACAGGAAUGGUGCUUAGCUGCCAGUCCCAAGCCUGAGGAUUCCAUCAAGGCUAAGGAGGACGCAUACCAAGCAAUGGCAGACUUUCUGCUGGAGAAUGGGCAUUGGGCAGUUGACCAGGAGCAUGCAGAUUUUUGCUUGAAGCACGGCACCAACUGUGUUGUCAACAGACCUCGGACGGAUCUCAACCUGUGCAACCGCCCCCAAGGCAUUUUCAGCGGGUCGCUGAUCGUUGGUAAUGCUGGCAACUGCUGCCAGGGAUGGAGCUCAGAGGGAAAGAGGGCAAGGAAAGCGCACAGCAGUCAGCAUGCUUGGAAUUCUUGGCUGGCUCAACGCCGUGAGUUGGCACUGAGAUCGGAAGAAGACAUGUUCUUCCAGGAAUGCACAGAACUUUGGGAUGUGGAAGGCUGUUUGGUGAAACCCUUGGAAGAUUCCCAUACGGUAGUUCAUACAACCGUUGGGCCUUCCACCUUGGGAUGGCCAACUUCUCGUAACCGUCUCUUGUCAGCUGGCUUAUCUUCCAACAGUCUUGUAUGGCUUGGGCCCACAGGGGCCGAUGCUGUGAAGCAAGACUUCGAGGCUGUGUUUGCAAGGUCCUGCAUGCUCACUGGUAGUGUUUUCUUCCAGGAGGAUACGCAGAGCGGGCUGAAUGGUAUGAACGCAAGCUGA